UCCAGAAGGCCGCUGCGAUACUUCGCAGGCAAUUGUAUUCGAGGAGAGCAAAAGAAAACAGUGCAGAAUAGCAGGGAAUCCCAUCAAUCUUCAGUCCGAAGAGAAAAUCUUACGCUCUCUGAUUCCAGAAUCGGAUCAUGGCCUGUCUCGCUGAGUAUUUGAGAAAAAUGUGGAAAGGUAUGAAGCAGCACUAUAACCGCUUCAAAAUCAAGUACUCUGGCUCCACGGCACAAACUGCAGACCCACUUGUAAGGAAACUUUCGUUUUUGGAUAGCGCUGCAGCUCCCUCUGGAAGCACUCGUAUGUCGAAUUUGAAUAAUGAUGGCGAUCACGAAUUGGAAAGCAGCUCUGUAUUCAGCGAAAGUUUGUCUCAAUCUUCACAACCAUCGAGCGUGGCAAGAAAUUCAAGCGCUAGUUCGUCAAGGAAGAGAAGGAGGUUGCUCGCUGAAGAUGAAUUGAACGCAGUAAGAAGCGCAACCAGCGCUGUUUGGGAUCGGUUGAGCGAGGACGUUGGAUCUGUCGGCAACAAAUACUACACUUUCGGUGCUUUCAUUGGAGACGCUUUGAAUGAGCUUCCCAAAGCCGUAGCAGACCAGAAAAUGCAGAUCUUGUUCAAUGCACUUGUGACCGGAGCAGAUGCUUACGUUGUCUACGAACGUGGCGAGGAAGUUGGUCCUAGUAGAAGAUAUCGAUUUCCCGAAGACGUCGAAGUUGUCGAACAAUAUCCCGAAGACGUCGAAGUUGUCGAAGAAGUAGUCGGAAGCCAGGAGCGUAUCGAUGUGUAG